CAUGUGCAGGAAUGGAGGGAAGCAAGGACAAGGGGGGAGUGUUUGUUGGGCAGCUGGGGUGUAAAGUAAUUAGAGGGAAACAGUUAAGGUCCUGCAUUGAGAACAGUCAGUGCUGUUAAUGAUAUCGCCCUGGGUCAAGGUGUGGACACCUGGAGGCUGAUAAGGUGAGGGCAGGUUAAAUCUGUCACAAUCAGAAAUAGAGUGAUGGAGAUAUACGUAGUGAUGCAAUGGAAGUAAGAACUGUCCAAAAAGAUUUAAACUUCAAUACAAGAUAUUUGGCACACUAAGAGGGAAUGUAUAUAGUCUAAAUAUGCAUCCACAGUGUAAUUUAAUGCAUUUUGUUGUUUGAGAUUUGUGAUUCUGGCCCUUUGAGCUACAUUCCCCCAAAUGCUCAUGAUGUCAGUAAUCAGAGACUCGAAGCUGCCAGCUGGACAAGAACAUCAGCUUCGUGUAAAAAUGCUCAGAAUCACACACGUUGGCAUCGUGCUGUAAGGAGCAAGUGAGAAAACGAACCAAAUGAGGCUGCACUUUGUGAAUGCUGACAGGUUUUGGCCUCGGCAGCAGACAAUCUCAUAAACCUCCCUUCCUCCUCAAGUCCACCUGAUGAUGAACACAACCACCCAUCUCUGCGGGUCUCCCUCCUCCACCUCCUCACUUCCCCUGUCCACACCUCUUUACGUGGCUCAGCAGGCCAUGAAAUAGAUGUGUGUUUAUGUAGGCAUAAAGAGCAAGAGUAAAAAAGAUGACAAAACAGACAAGCCACGUACUCACAUUAAUGGUCACAAAAAUACAGCCUUUAAAAUCACUGUGUGGAAUUUUUACACAUAUUUAAUACUGCAAGUAUUCAGAUUACUCAGGUGGUGUAAAUUUUGUUCUUGUCAAAUGAGAAAAAUAUGUGGCUUAUUUCCACUAGCUUCUGGUUAUGUAUGGAAACCACCUAAAGCUGGGCAAACUAAUAUGUCAGCUGGAGCUGGUGGCAGCUUGGCAUCAGCUGUAUCUCCAUAUAAUUGUCAUGCAAAUUUGAAGCAAACUUUUUAACAGAAAUUUAACAAAAGGAAAAUUAAAUUACACCUCAUUCCAUUAACUGCUAAUGAGCAAAUAAACUUCACUACUUCUUGUUGUCAAGAGACGCCGCUAUAUGUUACGGUACCCAUAGCUGUAAUAAAGCAGUUGUUCACUGCUACAAAAUCUCAAAGAAGCCGAAACAAACAAAACUUCAGCCAUCUAGAAGAGAACAACAGAGAGAAGUCUUUGGGAACCAUUUUCAAUCAGGAUUGUUGUAAUUAUUCUCUUAUGUACGCUGGUAUCAGCUGUGUUUCAUGCUGUCUGGAGGUGAAGACAAUGAAAGAAACAGUGAAUCAGUUAUAGGAGUUAUAUGUUUGCUCUGUCAGAGCUUAUUCAGAAAAGUGUUUCCAUUUCCUAUGAAGUGCAUUAAAUCUUCAAAAAAAACACAAAAUAACUCAAGCUUAAUCUUCUAAUUAGUGAUGUUUUGUGCAAAUUUUGGCUGUUUCCAUUAACUUAACUAAAAAUGCAUUAUGGAAACACUGCUAAUGACAUACAAGCUGCUUAUCAAUGUUUGGAUUCCAACCCUGAUGAGAAGUAAACAUUUUAUGUAAGGUGGACUCUUAAAUUCUGGCAACAUGAUAUGUUUCAGGACCGCACUUAUAGGACCCUUGAUUUUUACGACAACACUGCAUAUCAGGUUGGAUGAUUGCUAAUGUGUGCAACUUCUGGUUUGAAGGUUGAUUUUAAGUCAUGGUAUAAGUUUAUGCCAUCUAAAAUGCCACAUUGUAUCCAAUUACUUAGAGUUUUAAAGGUUUAUUCCACCAAAAUAGGCCUUUCUGUCAAACAACUUUUGGUACUGAAACAUUAUUUUCGUGCGUAAGGACUAUCAUAGUGUGCUUUUCACACUUUGCAAGCUCUCAAGGACUUUGGUGUUCAACUGAAGAUAUCAGAACAGUUUUUAAUGUUGAACAAACCAAUCUUGAUUCACAUUCGGUACUCAUGCUAUGAUUGUCAGCCAUCUUCAUUAGAAAGGCAAUUAUUGCUUUAUUAAAAGAAUAGAAUAGAAUAGCUUUAUUGAUGUCAUACAUGAUGCCAUGAUGAAAAUAUAAAUGUUACUUCCUUUGUUAUAUAAUUGUUGGUGCUGUCCUGAAAAAUAGGAGUCCUAGAAAUGGUUUCCUACAAAUGAGGCAAUAAAAAUGCAGCCUUCUCUAAUACAGACACAUGCUACUUAAUAUUGGAGAAAGAUCUAUUGAUAUUUGGAUAGUUGCCAUGUGCCAGAUUUGCCUCUCACACCUGCUGCCCCCUUUCUUCCAUCUCUACUGCCUCUCCUUUUACCCCCGUCCUGUGCAUGAGCACGAACAUGAACUAGAUGCAGUAACAGCGUUAUGUGGAUCUGUCCCAGCGACUUUGUUUCCCAUUGACAGAGCCAGGGCGGUGCACGAACGCUGAAUUUGACAGAAAAAUGUAUUCGACUAGAAUCACAUACUCCACCUUUAAUGCCCUGGAUACUCAAAUGGAAUAUGUCAAGAACACGUUAGAAGGAACCUGCUCCUUGUUAGCUUAAAAAAAAAAGACUUCCUUUUGGAAAUUCUUGCAGUUUCCAAGUGUCUUUUUGGAUAGUGCAAAAGCAGAAAUAUCAAAAUCAAACACUGUGAUAAAUUCAUAACUAAAUGGGUGGCAAAAUUAUAUCUAAUGAGCAAUCAUAUAAGUUUCUUUUCUUUCAUGGGAGCCCAACUUUAUUAUUUACUUAAUUCUCAGUCUUUGUAGGUCCGAUCCUCCCUCAGUUCUGCAGAAACACUGAGAUUAUUUAUCGAACACAAACAAAAAUAUGAACAUUAGCGUUAUCUCUCUGGAUACCUCUGAUGACAUUAGGCUGCUGGAAUUUGCUACGGCUGAUGCACAAAUUAGCUGGAAAAGAAAAUACUUGUGGUUUUGCUUUCCAAGAACUGAACCCUGUUGUUACUGCCGGUUAUAAAAUGUGUGUCAAUUACACUGAUGGCAUCUUAAGAUAGCAUUUAGGUAAAGUGGCUCAUCAUUGCGAUCCAUCAUAAUGCUGCCAAACUUCCCAUGCUCUAAUUAACAACACUGCAGAAUGACUGACAGUUUGGAAUCCUCAGGAACAGGCCUGGAGUGAACAAAAUAAAUCGUGGAAGUUAAUACUCCCUUCGCUUUGGUGUGUUAUGAAAGAGCACUCCCACUUCCAACAUCUUCUCCCUUGAUGCAUAAUCAUCUGUCAGACCUAACUUAUUUACCUAAGGCUUGUGAAGCACAUGGGACAGGGCGAGCUGUAAUUCAAAAGGUACCAAUCUACAGAAAUUUGCUCCAAGACAGAUUUUUCUAAGCGUCUGGAUUUCCUCUUUGGGCUGACACUGAUUGACGUUGCGAGUGUGAUGUGUGUGUGUGUGGUGACCAGUGCCAGCAACACACACACACACACCUGUACACCUGCUGGUCUGCACACACGAAUGCAGACCAAAGGGAGGAAAAGCGACCAAAGAAAAGCGAAAUGACCUGCACGCGUCUUAAUGAGGGAAGGCCGGGCGUCUGGCAUUUACCUCAAACCAAUUCUUCCUCCUGCUGCUCUCUCUGGAGGGCUUUAAGCCCGCCGCCCGUUAACGGCUGAAGUGUGGAUUUCCUGUCAAAUAAGGGUUAGAGCCCAACAAAAGUUCUGUACUCUAGUACCUAGUUAGGAUCACUUCCAGCUGCCUCCAUCUAAACACACACACACUUCAUGUCUUACAGUGUCCCUAUAGGGAUUUAUACUGAGCCUGUGGUGCUCAGCGUUGUCUUUAUUGUGACCUUAUUGUACCUUUAUGAUGCUUUAAACUCCUGUAAUCAACCUAACAAUCCUAUAAUAAAGAUACAGGAGGUUAUAAAGUUGUGUUCUCUGUGCUCUGUAGUUCUUAAGGCUUUACGAGAUGUGCCACUGGACUAUGCCAUGACCAUGUUUUUUCCCCUCAUAUCUCCGUCUCCUGUGGGGAUUGUUUGAACAGCAGGACAAACAUUCCCUCAGUCCCUGACAGAUAUUUUUCAUCUUUGUCACGAUUUGACUUUCAUGAGAACAGCUGACCCUCUUUGAGAAAAGAUGCUGUCUCAUGAUGUGGCACGGCACUGCAUCACUAAAUCGGGUUUGUGCAAUUCGGUCUCAUGUGUGUCAAUUUAUUGAGUGCAUUAAUCAUAGGCGGAGGCAGCGUACAAGUUAUGACACUGACUGGGAAACAGCCUAUAUUCCUGUCUCUGCCAGACAUGAUUGAUCGAGUGGAGCCCUAUCAAAACCCAGCGUUUCUUUGUAUCAGUGGGUCCAGUUGGCCAGAGUUCAGUGUCAACAGUCUUUGCAGUUUUGAUGUCUUUCUAAGGGACACUUCAGUGAGCUAUUUUCUGCUGGUUGUGUGCCGUAUAGGCUUCAUGUCUGUGCACUUUGUCUGGUGCUGCAUUGGGAAUUUUGCAACUGGCAAAUCCUCAGAGGAUGCAAUCAAUACUUUGCGCCAAGUGCUCUUUGGCGCACCAUGUAAAGAAUCCCAUCUGCCUUUAGAGCUGAGCCAAAGAGAGGCGAGUGAGAAGAGACAGAAAGAGGAUCUUGUCAAAAAGAUCCUGCCUGAUGACCGCCAGCCCAACACAGGUCUGUAAGUUAUUUUAAUGGCCUUCUAGCACACGAUAAUGAAAUAAAUUGAUGAAAACAUACACUGUAAAUACAAUCUAUAAUUUCAUAAAAAUUUGUCCUUUUUAUUUUAUGGAACUAGAUUGUGAGUUUACAUAUCUACUGUAAUCUAAUUUUAAAAUCCUGUAACCUUGAAGAACCAUAACAUUUCAAUUUUUUAAAGAAAACCGACAUGUUUUAUAUAUAAAGACUGUUAAAAUAUAUUCUCAAAUGCAUCACAAUUCCACAAAUAUUUCCUUUUUAUUUCAUAAAUGAAACCAUGUUGACACUAUGAACAUAUUUGCAAAAUUAAAUAUGAUUAGUCACAGCUAACAGAAAAUUAGGUAAUUGGUUAUGUGAUUUUACAUGUUUGUUAAAUGAGAGUUACCUUAUCAUUACAGUUUUCACAACAAAAAUGUUAAAUUAAUGUGUCUUUAUCUUUACUGGUAAUCCGUCAAAGUACUAUUUAUAACAUUUUGUAUUUGUGAUCUAUAUAUCUAUCUAUGUUUGUUCCAUGAUGGUCUCCCAAAGAGGGAGUCCACCGACUCACUAAGACAAGGUGUUGUUGCUUGUUGCCCACAUCACUUUGGCGAUAUGAAUGUAUAUGAAUUUUGUGGUUGACGCAUUCCAGCAUUUCCCAACUCCUGUUGGGUUCAACUCGUUUGCAUUGGUUACCCAGUGAAAUACACAAUUUAAAAUUUUCUUAUUUGUUUAUUCAGGGCCUUAGCCUUAAUAUUUAAUAUAGUAAAUUACAUGGCUACCUCAUACAACUGUGCUGGGUUUAUCUGUAAUAUUUAAUAUACUCAGGUAAACUCACAUCACAAAAACACUAUAGGUCUUAACAUAAAUAUCUAAACUUGUUUGUUGAAUUUGAAGCACCAGUCUUUUUUCUCUGCUCUAAAGCAAUCUGGGUCAACAGCUGCUGUUUAAAAAUAUGUUAUAUAAAUCGCAGUGAAUUUACUUUCCAAAAAGCCCCAGUGGUAAUAGAUCAGCUAUCAUAAAAGUUGAGAAAAAGGGAGUAAUUGAUCUGUUUAACAACAAUUCAUCAAUUUUUUUUUUGCUUACAAAUGUUAUUAAGUUGUUUAUAAGUGGAUCAGAUGGCAGCUCUUCACUAGUGGCGCAGAGGUUACUUAGUAUGGUGUAGUCAAGUGGUUUAUCUGAUCAACUGAAGAGCUGGAAAAAAACAAGACAAGUAGAUAAACUAAAACCAGAGAAAGCUUCUGCAAGCUGGCAACUUUUCUCCCUUCAAAUUAAUGGUUUCCAGCUGCUGCAUAAAGUUUUGCUAAAUUAUUAAAUCACUGUUUAUAAAUUACCAUUUACACUUACAGAUCCUUUAUAAGGUGGUUCCGUUCUAAAAAUGACUAAUAAAAUAUAAAAUAACCAGCACAUAUUUUCAAAAUAAAAGAACAAACAAUUGUGUGACAGUAGGAAGUAAUGUAAGGACGUCAGACUGUUUCAUCAGAAAAUAAACCCCAUGACUCACAUCUGCUUUUAUUUUGAAAACAGCGGCUAGAAGGCUUACUUAAACGCUCUGCAGAGCUUGACAGCAGUGAGGAGAGACGCUGACAGCGAGGAGCACAAACUUCAGUCAAAAGGGGGUUGAAACGAGGACGUGUGGGUUCUUGGACAAGUGGCAUCUGUGUGAGGAAGUCUUCUGCUGAUCAUCAGCCGCUCUGGACUUCACACCGAGUCUGUCUCUCUCUCAAUCCGGAUUCUAACCUGCUCCAAACUUCUAACCAUGGGGAAAAACGUAUGGAUUUACCAAGCUCUGCUGUGCGUUGUGGUCACUAUCAUGGACACAGGUUUCUGUAGAAAGUCUCAUCAGUUAUUACAGAAGUAUGAAAAGACCGAGAAUUAUAUGCUGGUUUGCACAGACUGUCCUCAGCCCCCGUUGGUAAGAAACAGCCGCUCACAGGAACACUGUGCCCGAAAAUGCAAAAAAGUCAAGAAAAACUUCAACUGCAGGGCUUUCAACUUUCAAAGGCACAACAGGAAAUGCCACUUGCUUCCUUUUGACCGUUUCACCCACGGUGUGCAGAAGCAGGCCAACAUCAACUUUACUUUGUAUGAAAAAAAAGAUUAUAUAAGGGAGUGCAUCAUCGGCACCAAGGACAACUACAGAGGGAGGAGGUCUUGGACAAAGUCAAACAUCACUUGCCAAGCAUGGUCUGAUAACAACAUCAAUGAGCACACGUUUUAUCCAGACAGGUACCCGACGCAAGAUCUGAGGGAGAAUUUCUGUCGAAAUCCCAACAACGAUCCUGGUGGUCCAUGGUGCUACACCACCGACCCCAACGUACGAGCUGAGGAGUGUGGCAUGCCACAGUGUUCAGAGGAAGUCUGCAUGACUUGUAAUGGGGAGGAUUACCGGGGCAAAAUGGACCAUACAGAGAGCGGCAAGGAGUGCCAGAGAUGGGACUCAGUGAGGCCUCACAAACACCACUUCCAGCCCAAAAAGUAUCGGGACAAAGAUUUAAAGGACAACUACUGUCGGAACCCGGAUAAUCGUCUCCGUCCCUGGUGCUACACCAUGGAUCCCAAAACUCCAUGGGAGUACUGUAACAUCACCAUGUGUGACUCAGACCCCAGCGAAGACGCUGAUGUCAACAUAACGACGUUCUGCGUCCAGGGAAAGGGCACAGAUUACCGAGGCACAAUGAAUGUCACUCCAGAGGGGGUGACGUGUCAGCGCUGGGACUCUCAGUUCCCCCAUAACCACUCCUUCCUUCCUCAGAACUUCAAGUGCAAUUUGUGUGUGUGUUAUAGAGACCUCAGAGAGAAUUACUGCCGUAACCCGGAUGGUGCAGAUUACCCAUGGUGCUUCACUACAGAUCCGAAUCAGAGGAUAGCCAACUGCACCCACAUCCCCAGAUGUGAUGCAGAGGACACACAAAAAAUAGAGUGUUAUGAAGACAUCGGAGAGAUGUACCGGGGCACUUUAUCCACAACUCGAUCGGGGAUUCCCUGUGCGGACUGGUCGCAUCACAUAAACAGUGGGGAUUCUCACUCUACAGUAUCCUAUGUAGGGCUGGAGAAGAACUACUGCCGGAACCCAGACCGGGACAAGCAUGGCCCCUGGUGUUACACCAAUCCAAAUAAUCGCUUGGCCUGGGACUACUGCAAACUGAAACACUGUGAAUCUACAGUGGCUUCUCAACCAAACAGUCUGACAAGGCCCAAGAUCUCCUGCUUUGUCCAUAUAAACACCAGAAUAGUUGGAGGACAUCAAGUGCGGGGUACAGAUGGCAGCUGGGUAGUAAGCAUCCAAAGAGAGAGGGUUCAUUUGUGUGGCGGCUCAUUGAUCAGAGAAGACUGGGUUCUGACAGACCAACAGUGCUUCACUUCCUGUGUUCCAGAUCUCAGAGAUUACAGCGUUCAGGUCGGUCUGCGCUACCUCAAUGAGUCUUCAAGCCACCCAAGGCUGCGGAUCUCUCGCCUGAUCUGCGGCCCUGAAGGAUCCAAUCUGGUUAUGCUGAAACUAGCAGAUCCUGCCCCUGUGUCUGAGGGUGCCUCCACCAUUCAUCUCCCAGUAAAAGAGUGUCACAUCACCGAAGGCACCAACUGCACCAUGUAUGGAUGGGGGGAAACCAAAAAUACAGGAUACGAUGAAGCACUCAACUCUGUGACCAUGCCCAUGGUCAACAAUGACAUGUGCUCACAAAUCAAAGGGGAUGCUGGGGAAAGCAGAAUAUGUGCUGGUGGCAAUAGAGGAGAAGGUGUAUGUGAUAAGGACAACGGUGGUCCACUCGUUUGUCAGGAGCAUGAACGCAAGGUCAUAAUUGGUGUGAGCAUCCAAAGGACAAAAUGUGCCUCAUCACAGCCUGCGCUUUUUGUCAACGUUGCCUUUUACUCAGAGUGGAUAUAUAAAGUGUUUAAACUUUACCCCAGUUUGGAGAGGAACUGAUGGUGUGGUGUGAAAAACUACCCCAUGAAGCCUGCAAGAGGUGAGGGGUAACUUGGGCCAAGAAAUUCUGAGACCUCUACAAUGUGGACUAUGGGGGAGGAGAAAUAAGGAAAAUCACUUCAUGGAAAGUGGCCAUUUUUGGAUUUUGUGACUGAAUUUGUCAUUUUACAAAGAGGACAAAGACUUUUGAUUGGAGACUGGAAAUGGAAUCUCGCAGCCUUCUUCCACUUUGCAGAUGAGGAGAUUCAGGUAGUUAGCCUUAACGCCAUUUCUACAACCAAAGUCUUGGGCACAUGGACAGCGAACAAAUUGUAUUUUGACAUGUUCAGAGUUUCUGAAGCCAUGCAAGAAAAGACAAUGACACUUGCGAUUCAGUAUUAUCUCCUGGAAUAUACUUGAACCCAAUUCCUUGGUGGUUACCACUUUUGGUCGCCUUCUUCGACUGGGAUUUUUCUUUUUUUUUUCUGUGUUGAGCUGGACUACAAAACGUGUCUUUUUACUUUUUUACAAAAAUGGUUCCUUCGUGUUAACAAACCUGGUUUUAUGAUACUGUACAAACUACAACAAUACCAAAAAGUAGGAAAAUAGAAGGAUAAAAGUGUCACUAUGAGCUCAGUAUUAGAUUCCCUUUGAGAAAAUAGUGAUUAAACCAGAGGUUCAAGUUUGUCUCCUGAUAUACUGGUAGUUCUGUAUGUAGAAUGCACUGCUUGAAUAGCCAACUGCAGCAGCCUUGGCAAACCUGAUAGUGCUAAUUGUGUGCAGUAGCUGAACUACCUUUUCCCCAUUUAGCUGUAACUGUUAGUUUCCCCAUGAGAGAGUCUAAGUAGGACUGAGCAAACUGCUCCAAAUCUUAUGCUAAUAUUUGUAGCAUGAGAGAGAGAAGAGCCAUGCCAAAUAUAACAUGGCUAUUUGGUCUCCGGUUUGGAGGGAACUGUGGCCCCUGGUGGGCUGUGUGUGGUCAGUAGGAUGUUUUAUACUUUAUUUUGUUUCAUGGAAAGUGACUCCGUGUGUACAUACCUGCAGAUUUAUUAUGGUUCUGCCGUGCUGUAAGAUUUAUAGGUCUUAUAGAUCUGGAAUAUUUUGGGCUCACUUAGUAAUGUCAGAUUGGCUUUUUUGUGCUUCUGAUUAUGUUUAAUAUUUAAAGAAACUGGUAACUUGUAAGUAGUAGUAAUGUAUAUUUAUUUUUUUAAUUAGCAGAGAACAUUGUUUGGAAAUGAACCCAUAUUUUGAUGUGAUAUUUAGACUGUGGUUUCUUUAUUCUGAGAAUUCUAGGCACCCAAAUAACACAGUGGUUACAUUAUACCUGAUACAGUCAGACUUCUGAAGUUGAGUCUGACUUUAAGAGUUGGACACAUCUAAACACACAUCUGCCAAACAAACAAAUACCCAUGCUAAUACAAAAACUAUAGUCCAACAUUUAAGUUAAGGGCAUAAAAAUAUGAAAUUAUGCUGAUGAGCUAAUAGACAGUUAAUUCAGCUCAAAAAAGCUUCAUCUAUAAGGAACAAUUAUGACAGAACUGCGUCAGUUAUAAAUAAGAUGUAUGAGCUGUUAAACACCAACAUUUCCUGAUUAUGAUUUUCACUUUGUUAAGACUAUCAGAACCUGAUUGACACAAUUUCCGAAAAUACACUUAUCAUAAAUGCCUAAAUGAUGCUAGAGUGGCCCUGUGCUUCUCAUUCAACAACAGUGCAGACAUGAAAAAAUAUGAUUCUCAGAUCUAGAAUUACUGCUCUAAAUAUCACAUGGAAACUGGUGCAGUGGAGGAACAAAUAUUAAUACAUUAUUGGGCUUUAAGACAGUGGAUUGUUCUUUCCCACAGGAGAGGGACUCUUUUGAUUAGUGCUCAUGUUACUUCUUUUGAAAAAAGGAAUUAUAUACAAUAGGGAUGCACGAUGAUAUUGGCGUCUUCAUCACUAUUGGCUGGUAAAUGCUUGAAAAUGAUGAAAUAAUGGCAUCAGCCCAAAAUGAACAUCGACAGACUGUGCCAUGCUUCACUUUUACAGAUUAUCAGAUCAAAUCAAAUCACACUUUACAGUCUUUUGACUUUGGUAAAAUGUUACAUAAAAACUAAAUAUGGCAUGUGUUAAUAUAUUACAGUAGCUUUCUCUUGCAUUCAGAAAGCAUAGUAUUUUGUGGGCCUUCAAAAUAAGAGUAGACAUGAUAUGUCAAUUCCACACCGUAAAAACAACAACAAAAAAUCCAUUAAAAAAUGGCAGCAAGGGUGCCACCCAGAAAAUAACCCUGCAAAAUCAGUGAAAAUAACUGAAAAUUAUGUGUAAAGUCAUUUUUGAGGGUGAUUUAUUUUGAUAAUAUUUUCAUGGUCACCUGUAAAACUAUUUGCAAAAAUACAUACUCUUGAAGUUGAUUUUUUUUUUUAAUAAUUAACAUGUAAAUUAAUAAAUUUUUCUCGUGAUUUUACAAGAUUUGCCUGUAAUUGAACAAAACAAGGAAAAUCUGUAGAAAAAUAUACUGAUGUAAAUCUUGAUGUUUUGCAAUAACGUGGAAAGAACAUGUUCAUUCAUCAGCAUCUGUGAUUUUCCAGAAUGAGCUUGGCAUAUCUGAUAGUUGGAAAUAUCCCAUGUCGUGCAUCCCUAAUGUAUAAUAUAGUCGUGUGAAUGCAGUCCGCUAAAUUCUUGCACAGUUUACAACCAAAGUAAAAGUCUGUGAAGUGUCAGAUUAAAGGAAGGAAGCUUCAUUGCAGGUCAUUUGCUGGAUAAAUAGGUGAAACCAAAUGCCAGAUAUUCUUGUGGCAGAUCACAUAAUUGUUGUGUAAACCGAUCCGUUUUCUCGUCGACCAUGCUCUAAAUAAGAUGUCGUGACUGUUAUUUAAUUUACCUUCAUGUAAAUAGCCUCUUACAUUCUGUAAAUGUCAAUUUGUAAUUUUUGUAAAUAUCAUACUUAAGUAUUUUUAUUUCCUGAUCAUUCUGUUUAUAUGUUUGUAAACUAUAAAUGUAACAGCUGCUAUUUUGUGUUAGUGAGUUGUUUUAUAUCAAUGAAUUUUGUAGCCUUUGUAUUAUUUCUAUUUUAAUAAACAACUUGACAUUA